UGCACUAUUAAAAGCGCUUGCAUGGUAGACUAUGGUUCACCACAGCGCUCUCCCACUUCUCUCCUUCUUGCCUUCCUUGCCUUCCUUGCCUUCCCUGCCUUCUAAAAGCAAUGUCGAAACUCGAAUCGCACGAAUCGCGCGAAUCGACCGAUUCUCAUGCUGCUACAUCACAGUCGAAACCAUCUCCAGCCUGGUCGUCCUAUAUCUCGGCUAUCACCGUCGGCCUCUUGUCAUCCUCCUGUUGCGUGAUCCAGCUCGUCCUCAAUGCCAUGUCCAUAGGCUGCGCCGGAUUCUCGGUCUUGACCCCACUGCGCCCAAUCUUUGGCACGCUCUCUUUCCUGCUGAUGGCCUAUACUACCUACAAGUAUCGGCUUUCUUCAAGAACAGCACUCACGAUGGCCAUCGCACUGAUCCUCACCCUCAGUCCAGAAGUCGUGUCGGUCUAUAACCAAUCGGCUCCGGGGUCACUGCAACUCAAUGGCGGUGACGCCGUCUCUGGAUGGGCCUUGCAGCCGCUCGUACAAAUGUACUACAAGACUGGCUUGGCACCCUUUCCUCGCAGCUGGUACAAGAGUCCAACAACCGAGCAAGAGGGAUCCAAGAACGCUUUGUUGCAAAUGGCGGUACCGCUCAUGAAGUACGAGGUGCAGAUCGAUGGCAUGGCCUGUGAGGCGUGCGCGAAUCGUCUGCGCCAAUAUUUUAUUAGCCGCCCAGGCAUUGAACAUGUGCAGGUAUUUUUUGAGGACAAGAAGAUGGUAAUGUGGACGCGGUCGGGUCCAAGUGUACUCCUGCUCUCGGAAAGGAGUAUCCAAGAUAUGGUGACACAGGUCGAUAAAAAGUACUCAGCAAGACUCCUUGAGAUCUACUCUGAUGCCAAGCUGGACGAAAAAUAAUGCAACGUGCCAAGACGCUCGUUUUACUGUAAUUACUGUAGAGUUAUGGCUGUGUGCAUCUCCACAGUGUCCUUGAAACAGUCGGUCAA